AUAUCAAACUAAUACCACUUUUGGUUUAAGUGGGAAAUACACAUUUAUUUAGUGUUUUUCAUUACUGCUGCCUCAAAAUAUGCCUUUUUCUAUGACUUAAAAAAAAUGAUUAUGAAAGACUUAAGUGAUUAAAAAUAAUUUGUACCACUUUACAUGAUAGAAUGGGGAGAAGAGAAUUGAUCCUUUUAUUUUCCAUAACUGAAUUUUGUCUGAUUUAUUGUAUUUUACUCACAUUUACUAGCUUUCACAAUGAUACAGAAUUUAAAGAAAAAAACAACCAAUGUUUUCUCUGUAACUAGAGAAAAAUGUCUAACAAAGAAUGGUUAAGCAUUAACAGAGAUUACGCUCUUCAGUACACUGUCAUCAGCUUUCAAUACAAAACAGCCUUCUGCAGCCAUUCUGGGUUCUUUGGAAACAAACUCAACAAACAAAAAUUCUUUCUUGUGCCGUGACAUCUACAACUCGUCAGCCAUAAUGGCCACACCUGUUUGCAUUAUUAGAUGUUAUCUUGUUACAAUGCCACACAGGAUAGUUCUGAUGAAAUCUAGGCAUUUCCACGAAGCAGGCAUACACAGAUUUCCACCUGUAAGUGCCUACGUGAGUAAAACCACACCUGUCCCCAGUGGAGAAAAUAUAAAUUCACAUCCAGGACUUCCUCCAGCUACAGUCACAAAGGCAGUACAAAACUGAAAGGUUUGUUUUGCAGCUUACUUUUGGACUGUUUAGCUCUUCAUUUCUGGGAGCCAUGGAGUUAGAGCGUUAUCCCGUCAGUGUCCGUUUGAUCGGAUUGCUGCACAAGGAAAAGAGCAAGACGUACAUAACCUCCGUGCUUUGGUCAGACCAGAAUGAAAUUGUAGUUUACAGAAGUUUGAAGGAUUUCAAGAUAAUGCAUAAACAGAUAAAAAAAGAAUUCCCAUCUGGGAGUAAAGUAAAAAAAUCUAACAGAAUCCUCCCUAAAUUUAAAGCCAGUAAGAUGUACCUCAAGAGUCAGAAGAAAGGACCUACCAAUUCACUGGCUUGCCUCAAGUAUUUGCAGAGAUAUUGCAAUGAACUACUAAGCUGUGAUCCACAAGUCUCUCAGUCUGCACAUCUCAUUCAGUUCUUCAAUCCUAAAAAUCAGGACUUUGAGCCAGACUUUAACAAGAACAGCAUUAUGAUCAUGCCCUCAGAGGAUGAGAUGAGGAGCAGCGGGGGACAUGGUAAUGGCGGUAAUGUGACCCAGCCAUUUGUCACAGAGACAUACAGAUGUAUGGCUGCAUAUGAGACCAAAGACACCAAGAACAAACCUUUCAAAGUGGCCACUGAUGAAAAAGUGGAUGUUCUCAUCAAAGACAAAGCAGGAUGGUGGCUUGUAGAGAACGAAGACAAGCGGAUGGCAUGGUUCCCUGCACCCUACCUGGAGAAGGUAGAUGAUGAUGAGGAGGAUGAAGAUGACAUAGAUGGGACUUCAGAAAGAGGGAUGUUUUACACUGCAGUCAAGAGCUACAACUCCACCAAAGAUGAUGAGAUAACCGUAGUCAUUGGUGCAGUGGUGGAGGUCAUGCAGAAGUCUGACAAUGGCUGGUGGCUCAUCAGAUACAAAGGAAAAGUAGGCUACAUCCCUGCCAUGUACAUGCAGCCCUACAGCUACUUUCCUGUUCGCUUGACAUCCCAGCAUCAAGAUUUACUCAACACCCCCUCCUUACUAUCCCCCACCAGAAACUUCCAACAGCAGUCCCACCUAAGCCGCUCCCAAGGAAACCUGCUGCAAAUUCCACCUAUCAGAUCCUCCUCGCCCAUUUCCACCCAAGUUGACAGCAUCCAAAGGUCUCAGUCUCUGAACAGGUUGUCUGUGGAACCUCAUGGACGACCUGCAGGAAACAACCCUGCCUCUGUGACAAACAAUGCCACCACAACUACCCCGGCAAUGCAAGCCCCUCCCACAAUCAUGGUGGAGAUGAAUGAAAAUGAGAAACAACGUAGAAGGAGCCCAACAGCAGACAUUGAGGAAAGCUCUGGGAGCGACAGCUUCAGUGAUGACUUCAGCUCUUCCUCUGUAGGCUCAUCCCUAAACCUGAGCUACAGUGCCGGUGAUGAAUGGCUGCGGCUCAGCCACACAUUUCCAUCCACAGUGGUCAAUCGCCUCAGCCCAACAAGUAACAUGGAGGGAAAAUUACACUCCAGUGUCUCUGAUCCCAACAUCUUCAAAGGCCCCGUCUUACCCAAGGUGCCACCUAGACCGCAGGCAGAGGAGAUCCUCACCCGUUGUAGCACUGUCACCCGCAAGAAUGCAGCCAAAGGCCGCCUGGCGCCACCACAAAUUGAGAUUAUCAGUCCGUGACGUUUCAGUAACAAGUGAUCGUUGUUACAAUGACUGGCUCUUAACCAAUGGUUUUAGGUUAUUUUUGUUUUAUAAUUAACUUGGAAAGUUGAUCAGAAUUUCUAUAUACUGACAUGAAAAUACGAGUAUGUAUUACUAUUCAUUUGAUCAAUAUUUUGCUGUUGAUUAAUCUAUAAACAAGAAAAUGCUGUAAAUAACUGGAUUUAUUUUCCAUAAUGGAAUCACAGUAUUGUGCCUUAUAUGCAUUUGCAAUGUGUAUCACGUAUGGAGAGAUGAAUCUGUUCCUGCAGAACAAAGUAAAUAUAUGUGAAUGCAGGCAACUUCCUGUGAAGCACAUCUACAGUAAAUGGAAGUAGCUUUUUUU